AUUUUUGUUUGUAUGUCUGCUUGGGUGUUUAUGUUGAAGCCGGCCCGGGCUGCGAAUGUCAGAGAGUGAAGAGUCGAAACUCCGGAGACGGAGAGGAGAAGGAGGCUCCUGCUGCUGCUGACAGCCGGAGCGCCGCCUCCCUCUCUCUGCGUCUCUGACAGCCCGGCUGCCUCCGCGCGGAGCCGGCCGGAGGAGCGCAGUUUCGAACGGUUAACGACUGUAACAGUCGGUCCUGCUGUGUAGCGGAGUAAUAACGCUCCGGUUGCACCGAGUGAGAGAUUGAGGAGGUGGAGGGGGGGUAUGGGAGCGCUGAGUUCGGCUCGCAGCCCACGGUGCCUCGGAGUGUCAGUGAUUAAAUGCCCACUUUGUUCCGUUCAAGUGUCAAAACACGAGAGGGACGACAAGCAAGCGCGCGCGCGUUGUCACGCCAACCCUACAGACAGCGUGGCAACCGCACAUUCGCCUUAUAUUUAUAAUAUAUAUAUUUUUUAUUUUUUUUAGUCAGCAGCAGCCGCGGUAAUUUGCUCUAAUGGAGCGCAAAGAGCUGCCCAGAACAAACCCCUCCAGUUACCGUAAUAACACAGCAGCGGAAAUGUUACUGUUGAGGGGUGUGCGUGUUUUUUCCGCGGUAGAAGCUACAAGUUGUCUCUUUAUUUUUUUUUUUUCCACUGUGACAGCGCGCUGUUUGACAAGUUUAAGGUGUCACACAGAACGCUUUACACGCAGAGACCCUCAGUUUCGUUUACUGGCUCUGUACUUUUGCUGGAUAAAACGAGAAUCAUGGCGAAAGUAAAAAAAAAAAAAAAAAGUUUGCUGACUAAAAUGUGCACUAUUUAAAUUUUACCGACAGCCUAAUUGUGCGUGUUCACAGACUAGUUAAAGUGUUCUUAUUUUAUCCAUUGGUCAGUGCGAGCUGCGCUGCUUCUAUUUUCGUACGGCUCCAGUUACUCGCUUCAUUUCUGACACCUGCCUUAAUGACACCGCUGUGCUUCAAAGUUAGUUUAGUUUCUACUAGUUUUCACUUUGAUGAAGACAUUGACCCUGAAAUACCCUAAAAGCACUUUGAGCGAACUUCACACCAUCAACAAACUGAUGCUGUUUCACACUUGCCACCUGCAGCGCCUCAUUUCAUCCUCGUCAUGGUGUUGACAUCUCGCGGUUUAAAUCGAAAUAUGUAUAUUUUGUGUGUGUUUGUGUGUCCAGAGGCUUAAAAAAGGAUUCAAAUUGAUCAUAUAGUUUGAAAACUGAAAACUUUCGCUGCGUUUUGUCUUAAGUAGUGAUCGCUUGGUUCGGUUUUUAUUUAGUUAGGCUUAAGUUCUACAUUUCAAAAAAAAAAAAAUGUCAAUUUUCGUUUUAGUAAAUGUACUUUGUAAUUUUGCGAUUUAUCUUGUGAUUUGAUCUAUUUUGAAGUGUACUGUGAAGUUUUCAGUGUUUCCCGGGAGAAAGUGAGCAGGAGAGAAAUGAUUCAAAGAUCAGAAAUUAAAAUGUGUGAUUGUUGUUUUAAUAAAUGGCGCCGCCUUCUGGUGACAGCGUAUUAUUUUUUUUAUGGGAUGUUGAAUAACGAAUAGAGCUCACUUACCCUGGAUCAGAUCCCUAGAGUCUGAACUUGAAAAAAUGGCUUGUGCAGCAGACAGCUGCAUACAGUUUACGCGUCAUGCCAGUGAUGUCCUCCUCAAUCUGAACCGGCUGCGCAGCAGGGACAUCCUCACAGAUGUUACCAUCCUGGUCAACAGGCAGCAGUUUCGUGCACAUAAGACUGUUCUCAUGGCUUGCAGUGGGCUGUUUUACACUAUCUUCACUGACUCCCACAAGUGCAAUCUUAAUGCCAUCAGUCUGGACCCGAAGGUGGACCCAGAGGGUUUUGCCAUCUUGCUGGAGUUCAUGUACACUUCCCGACUCACACUAAAGGAAAGUCUCAUCAUGUCAAUCAUGAAUACAGCCAUCUAUUUGCAGAUGGACCACGUCGUGGACACUUGCCACAGAUUUAUCAAAUCCAGCGAUCCGUCUGCCAAGCUGCCCAGAGAUGAGUUUUUGGUCAGUCCAUUGGUUUUGCCGCAGGACGUCCAUGCGUACCGCCCACACGAUGUUGUUGACAGUUUGCACAGCCGCCUGGGUCCGUUCAGGGACGGAAGGCCCUAUGCCACAAACAUGUUCAGCAGCGUCAGCAGCCCCAGUAACUACCACCUCUAUGGGCAGUUUCCCAUGCCGGGAUUCCCGUUCCCGCUCUGCAAGCUGACUGAUACCAAAAAUGCUUUUGCUGACCUUUCAAAGAGUGGGAUUCACCACAAACACUGUCCUCCACACGACGGCACCAACGGCCUCAGGGCGGACUACGCCAGGGCGCUCAGCACCAGCUCCUCUGGUAUUAUUCACUCUACUACCUUCGCUUCCAGGGAGAUGGGGAGAGACGACGAGAUGAGGAAGGAGGGCCACGAGAGCCAGCCCAUCGGGUUCAGCUCAAGGAAACGUGCGUUCCCCGUGCUAAACCUUGAGCACCAGAAAGACUUGAGCAAAGAGCACGCUUCUCAGGCGGAGGACGACCUCAUCCAUCAGCACUAUCCUUUGGGAAUCUCCUCCACUGGACGCAAGAGCCUCAUGAGCAGCCCCCAAAGCCCCCUAAAAUCAGACUGUCAGCCCAACUCACCAACAGAGUCCAGCAGUAGCAAGAAUGCCAGCCUAUCCCACAUUGGUGGAGGGCAAGGAGCGCAGGGUACGCCGGACCCCAAGGCUCGCAACUGGAAGAAGUACAAGUUCAUUGUGCUGAACCAGAGCGCGAAAGAGGACGAGGCGGGGCUUCGCUCUCCUCAGCGCCUAGGCAUGCAGUCCUAUAUUCACCCAGGUGACUCUGAGAGCCUUGAUGCUCAAACCACCAGUAAGAGCAGCGAUCACAGCGAGGACCUACCUGUUCCACAGGCCAGCCGUCUCAACAACAUCAUCAACAGUGCGCUCGAGGGCUCAUUAAGGAACGGUGACAGCCACGCUUCCCACUACCUGAACCGCCUCAGCUGCUCCACCUGCGGUUCCCAGUCCCCCCAGCACUCCAGCGUCUGUCCCAACAACCCCAGGUCCCGCCUGUCCGAAGAAAUGGCCGAGCUUCACUCUGAGUAUUCCGACUCCAGCUGUGAAAACGGUACGUUCUUCUGUAACGAGUGUGACUCCAAGUUUGCCGACGACGAAUCUCUGAAGCAGCACAUGCUUCAAGUCCACAGCGACAAGCCAUACAAGUGUGACCGCUGUCAGGCAGCUUUCCGAUACAAGGGCAACCUAGCCAGUCACAAGACCGUCCACACAGGAGAGAAGCCGUACCGCUGUAAUAUCUGUGGUGCUCAGUUUAACAGACCAGCUAACCUCAAAACUCACACCCGCAUCCACUCAGGAGAGAAGCCAUACAAAUGUGAGACGUGCGGAGCUCGUUUUGUACAGGUCGCUCAUCUUCGUGCCCACGUACUGAUCCACACCGGGGAGAAGCCAUACCCGUGCGAGAUCUGCGGAACGCGCUUCCGUCACCUGCAGACUCUGAAGAGCCACCUGCGCAUCCACACGGGAGAGAAGCCCUACCAUUGUGAAAAAUGCAACUUGCACUUCCGCCACAAGAGCCAGCUGCGACUGCAUCUGCGACAGAAGCACGGCGCCAUCACGAACACCAAGAUCCAGUACCGCAUGUCCACUGCGGAAAUGCCAACCGACCUGACUAAGGCAUGCUAAGCUAAGCUACGCUCAAAGAGCAAAACCGUCACCUUGGAUCCUGGAAUUUAAUGACCACCCCCCCUCUUUUUUCAAACGUGUACAAUCAUCCAAAAUUGUAGUGCCACACUGUGUUCUUCAGACAAUUAAAUUGGCUGUUUGCCAUUCUAAACGGGUUUCCACUACAUGUGAUCAUAGAGCCACUUGUGGCAUCUUAGUCACUUUAUGGUCAUAUAUAGAUCUAAAUAUAUAUAUAUGUAUGUAUGUUGGGAGUGUUUUUAAGCUUUGAAGGUACGUAUAUAAAGCUUUAUUUUGUUGAGAAGGACAAAAUGUAAAAAAAACAAUUUGUUUUUUCUGAAAAUACAGUAUUUUAUAUCAGAGGACUUACUUUUCUGAAAGUAUUGACAAUUUUGACAGGUGGUACAUAUAUUUUAA